AUGAGUUUCAUACCCGCGUCUCAUAUCUCGCAUCUUUACCUCUGUACUAAGAAUUCACCGCCGCAUACGCAGGUGGCACCGCCGGCGUCGGCGCCGUCUCGUCACUUUCCAUCUUCUGUGGGAGAUAUCGACUCUCCUCCUUUCCCCUUUGAUUCGUUUCACUCACUGUCUUCCCCCUAUGGCCUCGACGAGUCUGUUAUCAAGACCAUCCCUCUCUCUCUCUAUUCGCCUUCAUCCUCCAAACACGUCAAAAACAAAUGCAGAGAAUGCGCGGUGUGCCUGCUCGAGUUCGAGGAUGGCGACUACGUAAGGACUCUCCCGGUUUGUUCUCAUUCGUUCCAUGUGGACUGCAUCGAUAUCUGGCUGAGGUCUCAUGCCAACUGUCCCCUCUGCCGCGCUGGGAUCUUCGGUUCCGGUUCUUCUCCUUUCAUCCCUCUCAUGGCAGCACGAAUCAGGCCCAGCCUCGACGAGUCUAUCCUCCAGAGCAUGGCUAUCGACACAGUCAACGAAGCUCCCCAGUCGCACAUACCCUUUAACCCAACCUCUACGGUGACGGAGAUCACGCCCUGCCUGGAUGAACCAUCGCCAAGGAGAACGGUGAACGCCAACUCAGAAGAAAGGUUUGGCGGCCAAGGAUUCUUGCUCAAGAGAUCAUACUCUUUCGGAUUCGAACGUAGUCUCGCCUCGGAGAGGAUGGUGAUGGAGCCGGCAACAGCGUCGCCGUGGAGGUACAGGAGAGGUGGAGGAUUUUGGAGCAAACGACCAUCCCCUUUCGGAUCACUAAAUAAAACAAGAGUAUUCUCGUUCAGACACUACAGAGGUAUGAAAUCUCCAUUCUUCAGACGAAGAGGAGGGGGAGGGAUGUUCUUCCCAUUAUCCGAAACAAACGUGAGAUUCUCCGGCGGCGGCGGGUCGUCCCGGAGAUCAAAGUCGAUGACGAGUCCGAUGUUCUUUAAGCCAGCGACGGCGGCUUUAGGUGUGGGAAUUUUCUCGUCGAGCCGGUUGCGGUGCGGGGAUCCCGAGGCGCUGCUGUCACCGGAGAGAUAUCACCGAAGGUAACAGUAAGAAGAGAGAGGAUUAAACGAGACACGUGGAUGCAUGAGGGAGAUGCUGUAGAAAAUUGACGGUCAAAGAUGGGGCGGUGACGGAGGGUUGGGGUGAUGGGUCCGGCCAAAUUAAUGCGGGAGAGAAAAAGGAGUAUUAAGGGAUUCGCGAGAUAGAGAGGAGUUAAUGAGAAGGUCUGGCAAAUUGUAGCGUGUCAUUAAUUGGAGGUGGGGAGGGCAUUUAAUGACUAAAAUUGACGAAUGAGAAGAUUUUUUUAAUAAAAAAAAAUACUCAUACAGAGAUAAGCUCAGUCCAGUACCCGAAUCCGACCGGGCCUGUUUGUGCAGGCUUAUUAUUUUUAGCCCAACUGUCGGCUAAUUCACAGGGCGUAAAAGCUUGGCAAGGGAGGGGUUAGGGUUUUAGCUUCACAGAAUCACAGAGCUAACACCUGGAAAUCGACCGGUGAGGAGAAA